AUGACGGCUGAAGUCCUAACCGUAGACGAGAAGGAUACUUCGUUUCUUGAUAUUGUGGACGAACGCGUUCGGGCUAUUUACGAGAAGAAGUACGAGCACAUCGCGGAACCAUCCACGAGCGUUGGAAAAGAGGACGAAGGGAAAGGCGAGUUAUGGCUCGUAAAGUUACCGCCGGGUUCUUUGCUGGAGGAUUUCGAUGGCGUGACCGUCAGAAUACACAGCGAUGCGGAUAGAAAGAAAUCAGAUGAGAAUAACGAAAAAAGUUUAAACGUGGACUGCGAGUUUGCAAUCGCUCCGAACGAAAUCGGUCGCUUCGAAGCGAACAAAGCGAACGGCGUCGACGACGAGGAUGAAGACGACGACGACGACGAUGCCAGUAUCAAUCGACGGUAUAGAAUCGUACAAAGCGAAGAUGACGGUGUCAAGGCACUUCGAGCGGUAUACGUCCGAGAAGGCGACACGAAGGAGGCGUUCAAAAACGCGGAGAGGAUUACAAAGCGAGUGCAUUUAUUACGAGCGGGCUUUAAACGCGGCAAUCUAGAAAAAGCAGACGUUGUAGAAGCAGGCGAAGACGAAGAAGACGAAGGGGACAAAAAGAAGAGAAAGAAGGAGACAAAGUCGAAGAAAGCUCCGGCGUCGACGAUGAAGGCGACGACGAAGAAAAGUAGAAAGAAAUGA